AUGGCGGACAGGCGGCGAGCUAGCGGCAAGGGCAACAGCCCGCCGCCAGUAGCAGACGAUGUGAAGCUCACACAGGGCGCUGGCAAGGGCAAGCGCGUGAUGGGCGGCAAGCCGCACCAGGGCGACGUGCAGAUGGCGGACGGCGACGCGCAGGGCGGGCAGCAGGCGGGGGCGCUGCCGGCCAACGCCGCGCCCAGCGGGCGCAUCCCGGUGCCGCGCAGCGCGGUGCGCCUACCGCUGGAGGUGAGCACCCACCUGGAGUGCAAGUGGCGGGACGGCAAGUUCUACCCGGCGCGCAUCAUCGAGCGGCGCAAGGCGGAUGGCGGCGCGCCCGACGAAUACGAGUACUAUGUUCACUACCGCAAGUUCAACCGGCGCAUGGAUGAGUGGGUGCCGCUGGCCAACUUCAACCUGGACACUGUGUGCCCGCCUGAGCCGCCUGAGCCUGGGGAGGGCGGGCGCACGCGCAACCAGAAGCGCAAGGUUGAUGACGACCACAGCGCGGCGCGCCUCCUCCUCACGGGAGCAGGCGAGACGCCGCCGGUGGUGCCGCCUCCCACCAAGGUGGAGGCAGGCGCCAAGGGCUCAGUGGUGAGCGACACAAAGGGCAGCGUGGUGGCCGGCUCCUCCGCCACGCUGGCGGGCGGCGGCCAGACUGUGUCCAGCGCCAAGGCUGAGGGCGAGGGCAAGAACGUGUUGACAAACGUGGAGGUGUUUGGCAAGACGCCCACCAGCCAGGGCAGCCUGAAGACGUCUGGCGCCGCCGGUGGCGCGGGCGGCGCCAAGGUCACCUCCAUCGGCCAGGUCCUCACAGACGCCAACUCAGCCUCCUCCGCAGGCUUCACCAACCUUCGCGCCGCCGGCCUCGGCUCCUUCAUCGCGGGCAGCAUCCAGGGGUCGGCCAAGUCCAAGUACGGCACCUCCACCUUCCAGUCCACCACCGACGGCACCAGCAACACCGGCGUGCAAGGCGAGGUGGCGGGCGUGGCGCGGUCCAACCUGGCUGACCUGCUGGCCCAGGCUCUGUCCAUUGUGGCCAAUGAGAACCUGUCGGCCUCCAGCUCCUCCACCGUCACCGUGAACAACCCCACCGCCACCAACACCGCCGCUGCCCAGGCUGACACCAUCGUGGCGCCCACCUCAGGGCAAGCCACGGGCCAGGGUAGCUUCACUGGCAGCGGCCAAAGCCAGGUGGUCACCAGCGUUUCCCAGAGCAGCCCUUGA